UCAGCGUACUAUUAUCUUUCAUUAAAUUGAGGUGACGUGUGUGUAGUAUAAAACGAUUUUUUUUAAUGAAUAGUUUAUAAGACUUUAAAAUUUCUCGCUUAAAAUGAAUACAGAAUAUCGAGAAGUUAUUAUUUGUAAUGAAGUUUUAGAGCGCCUAAAAGAAAAUGAGUUCAAUAAAAUGGAUGAAAUUUAUUUGUUGGGAACUAGUAAUGUUGAAAAAACUAUUAAACGAUAUUAUAUAAUUGGAUUUAUUGAUUCUUCUUUUAGUAUAAAUAAUAAUUAUCCUUACAACAUUACAAUAAAUGGAGCUGCAGGCAACUCUGAACGUUUAGAAACUAUACAAGAGUACUUUUCAAAUAAUAAUCAAUUGUCUUCUGAGGAAAUACUUUAUUUGAAUUUUAAUAACUCAAAGCCAAAAUUAUGGAUGUUUUCAAAGAGUGGAAAUUUUGAAGCUGAAGAAAUAAAUUUUAAAGUCCAGACUAAAAAUGAUUUGUAUAAAGAAUUAUUUUACUUUCGAAUACAAAUGAAAUUUGAAUUAGAUCAAAAUAUUGAAGGCCAUAGCUCAUCUUAUAUUUCAAAUUUAUUGGACAAAAAGGUUGGUGCAAAACCGAUUUUUUAUUUUAAGGAGUCUAAACAUUACUUAAGUAAUUCAGAUGAGGAUAAAGUCAUUGGUGAUAUCCAGUUAGAAAAUAGUGUUGAUUAUAAAAUCAUUAAUGUUAAUGUCUAUCAAAAUUUAUCUACUGCCCCUAAUGAAAAUGAAGACAUAUCUGAUUUCCCUAUCAUUCAUCAAACAAAUGAGCCAUAUGAUGAAAAAAUUAUUUGUUGUCAACUUGAUGGUAUGUGUGUAAUAAGUAAAAGGACCUCCUUUAGAAAUGCAUAUGAAAUACUUAAAAAUUGUAUUAAAAAGAAUGCAGAAGUUAUUUAUUCAUUUUUACUGUCCAAUUCUAGAGAUUUACCUGCUGUGCAUCAUUUUGCUCCAAAAGAAUUAUGCCAUUUUGUUACUAUUGUUUGUUCUCAUAACCAAAUUGAUUCCUAUAGUAAUUUACGUAAAACUUUACAUAAUGCAUUUAAAUUGUCAAUGACUAGACCAUUUUUUCGUGUGUCAAAUGCUUAUUUAUUUGAUGCAAAACCAAUGACUGAUGAAGAUGGGUUAUUAACUAAUGUUCAUGAAGGUUUAACUCCAUCUGGAAUAAAAAAUGGAGAGAUAUCUUUAGUUCAGGGUAUUUAUACAUACUAUCAUUAUGGUCAUGGUGGUUUUAAUGAUCAUCAAUGGGGAUGUGCUUAUAGAUCUUUACAAACUUUAUACUCCUGGUUCAAAUGGCAAGGAUGGACAAAUAAACCUGUACCUUCUAUAACAUGUAUCCAACAAACUUUGGUUGAUAUGGGGGAUAAACCUAAGCAAUUUGUUGGCUCUAAAAAUUGGAUUGGGUCGAUGGAAGUAUCAUAUGUGCUUGAUUCCCAAUUAGGAGUUACAUGUCGAAUUAUGUCUUUGCGUCAAGGAGAUACUUUGAAUUCAGUAUGUCUUGAAUUAGCAGAACAUUUUAGUAGACAUGGAACUCCUGUCAUGAUUGGUGGUGGUGUACUUGCUCACACUAUUCUAGGAGUAGAUAUCAAUGAAGAACGAGGAGAGGCUAAAUUCUUAGUCCUAGAUCCACAUUAUACAGGAACAGAUAAUUUAAAAAGUGUUCAUGGUAAAGGCGUAUUUUGGAAAGAUGCUUCAUUUUGGAAAAAAGAUGCUUUUUAUAAUUUAUGUUUGCCAUUAAAAUUUAAUGGCAUAUAAUGCAGAUUUGUAAAUAGAUGUGUCAAAGUUAAAUGAGCGCUAUUCUCUCAGUUUUCCCUACUAGUUUUUUAAUUUUUUACUAACCAGAUACUUUUUUUUGACAAUAAUUUGUUUUGAUAUUAUCAUAAUGAUUAAUGUUCAGAGCCAAUACCUCUU